AUGGUGGGGCCAGGGCGGGGCGGGGGUGCGCGGGGCGGAAAGGGGGCGGCGGCGGCGGGAGGCGUGUGCGCGCGCGGGCGCCGCGCGAGGAUCAGCGCCCCGCCGGGACGGCCUUCUCCAUUGCUUCUGGCUGCCGCAGGACGCGCGAACCGGGAGCGGCGGCUGGAGCUCCGCUUACGGGCCGAGCCUGAAAUCAGUGGAGACACAGCACACACCACGGGCUAUUCCCCCGGAAGAAAGAGGCCUUCACUCGAAGCCGGGGAGUUCUCCCUGUUGGAAGCGGUGGGUUUCCUGGUUUCCUGCCCAGUUUCUGGGCUCUCCUUCGCUGUCUUUUCUCCAAACCAGCAGAUGCCUAAUGGCUGUGGUCCCCGCAGGCUGGAGAUGGGCCAGCCGAGCCACCUGCGUUCCUUCUCCACCGACAUCACAGAUGCACCUGCUGGGCUCGGAACUGUCCGAGGGUCUGAGAAACCAGAUCCCUACCUUGUUCCUCUUCACUGGGGCCACACAAAAGCCUCCCAUCUGGACAGUGACAACAAGAGCCAGCUCAUGUUUCCAGUCAGGCCAGAGGAAGCAUGUCUGGGGCAGCCAAGAGGAGCUUCUGGGGGAGGGGUGCCCAGUCCAAGUGGACACUCCUGAAGAGGCCAUGUGUGUGCUCAGCCUGCCUGGGGAAGCAAAGCCAGCCGGCAGCUGCUGCCAAGCUGUUCUCAAAGUGUGGUCCUCGGACCCGCGGCAUCACAUCACCUGGGGACUUAUCAGGAAUAUGUAUUAUUGGGCCCCACCUGAGAACUGCAGAAUCAGAACCUCUGGGCUUGGCAGUCAGCACUUUAUGUUUUUUUAAGUUUAUUUAUUUAUUUUUGAGACAGACAGAGACAGCGCAAAUGGAGGAGGGGCAGAGAGAGAGGGGAAGGGAGAGA